AUGUCGCUGAGCGGGGAUGACCCCGGUCCCGAUGCCACCACGCGUCGCGAGACUCCCUGGCUGCUGCCGACGAACCGCCGCCUGCGACACCUCUACGGUCUGUCGCUCCGCAACCUCGUCCUCACCCCGCCCAACCCUCCCAAUCGGAAAAAGACCAUCGACGAUGAAGAGAUCCCCAAUGCCCUGCAAUCGCCCUUCAAGCGACUCGCCCUCGAUGCGAGAUCCGCCAUACCCCAAUCUCGCUCAUUCACCAAUCUGCCCACGGCCGGGGUCGACGGCGACAAGGACAAGACACCGGCCCAUCGUCCAGCGUCGUCGCCCGCGCGUCGGCCCGUCCGGCGACGCAGUACGCUGCCCGGGACCGACCUCGACCCGCGUACCCGCGAGGGCCAGCUGCAGGCCAUCACCCGGAGUCGCAUGGCCGAUACGUGGUUCUCCCUGCACACUGAGGCCGAGGCCGGAGCCGGAUCCGGGGAUGGCGCCGCUGCUGCCCCGCCGGUCUACGUGAGUGAGGUGGUCGAGAAUGCCACCAACCCGAGCUUCCGCUUCUUCGAUCUGACCCGAUGCGGUCCGGGCGUGGCGCGGGGAGAUUGGGUGAUGGUUCGGGUGUGGGCGCGGGCGACCCCGGCGGACGCCUACGCGCUCCUGGUGGAGUGGCAGCUGUCGCUGCCGUCGCUGCAGUUCCUGGGCCGGUCCCUCGACGGGUUUCACCACCCGCUGCCACCCAACUCCCUCAUCUUCCACUUUCCGGACGGCGUGUACACGAGCCUGACCGACCUGCCGCCCGCGGCGUCGGCCCCGGUCGCCUCCCGGGCGGAGGGGACGGCCCUGCCGACGGCGUCGUACGACGCCCUGAUGCGGCUGGCGAACCUGGACGAGUGCAUCCAGGACGCGCGCACGACGCGGGCCCGCCUCGAGGCCCAGAUCACCGCCAUUCUGGAGACCCACCGACCGGCGCAUGCGACCACGAGCGAGGCCGCCGCCGCGCGCGAGACGCUGGCGCUCACGCGACAGGCGGUGGCCGCGGAGCGCAAGCAGCUCCGCCUGGCCACCCGGCGCCGCGAGGCCCUGGCGGCCAGCCUGCGCGCGCGGCGGGACGCCAUGGCCCGCGGACGCCAGGUUCAAGAGCGCGCCCGCAGCCACCUCCCCGACGCGCGGGCCAAGCUGGCCGCCAGCACCGCCCUGCUGGCGCAGACGGGCACGGACACCCGGGGCCAGCUGCGGCGCAUCGCCGAGGACCUGCUGGCCAUCUACCCGAUCGAGCCCGUGGCCGACCAGCCGCUGGCCUUCACGAUCGUGGGGCUGCCGCUGCCCAACUCGGACUUUGCCGACGUCGACGACCGCGACCGGCUGGCCGCCGCGCUGGGGUGGACCGCACACCUCGUGCACCUGCUGUCCCUGUACCUGUCGGCGCCCGUGCCUUACCCGAUCCACCCGGCCCUGUCGCAGUCGCAGAUCCACGACCCGGUCUCGGUCGACCUGGCCCCCCGGCGGUACCCACUCCACCCGGGCCCGGCGCCGGCACGCUUCGACUACGGGGUCUUCCUGCUCAACAAGGACAUCGAGUUCGUGAUGAACACGCAGGGGCUGCGGGGACUCGACCGACGGCAGACGCUGCCGAACCUCAAGUACCUGCUGUACGUGCUGACGGCGGGGCCCACCGCGAUCCCCGCCCGGAAGGCCGGCGGGAUACGGGGGCUACGACUCCGCGCGACGCACGCGCCCUGA